AUGGGCAACCACAGCUCGAUCACUAAAGGUUCUCCACUAAGGAUUGUGAUGAUUGGGAAAACUGGUGUUGGGAAGAGUGCUGUCGGCAACACUAUUGUGGGUAAAGAUAUUUUUCAGUCUAAUGUGAGUCCAGAGUCGGUGACAGAGACCUGCGAGAAAGAACGAGUUAAUUGCCGCAGAAAGAUUCAUGUGGUUGAUACUCCUGGGAUUCUGGAUACAUCUAAAAGUGCAGAACACAUAAAGAGAGAGAUUGUAAAAUGCAUCCAGAUGUCCUCUCCCGGCCCUCACGUCUUCCUGCUGGUCCUCCAGAUCGGCCGAUUCACCAAAGAAGAAGAAAACUGCGUGGAAGCCUUGGAGAAACUCUUCGGGCCUGAAGCAUCUAAGUACAUGAUUGUCGUGUUCACUCAUGGUGACAAGCUGAAGCAGGAGGGUAUAACCAUACAUGAGUAUUUACGAAGAGGCCAUGUGAAACUUCAAGAGUUGUUAAACAGGUGCGGAAACAGGUACCAUGUCUUCAACAACAAGAAGAAAAGGAAGAGAGCUCAGGUGGUUCGACUGAUCAAGAAGAUCGAUGAGAUGGUGGCUGCAAACAGAGGAAUGUACUACAGUGAUGAGAUGUUUGAGGAGGCUGGGAAGACUCUGAAGCAGAAGCCUGACAGAGACACAGCAGAUCAGCAGAUUUAUGACUUCUCCUUCAUGCCUGAGCUUCUGCAAAGAAUAAUCUUGUUUCAGGCCAUACUGGGUGCUUCACGGCAUGACACCAACCAACUGGACACUGCCAAUAACUUAUCUGACUUAAACAUAAUGCCUUCUUCCUGA